GCUUUACGUAUUGAAGCAGCCGAUCCAACUAGCGUCAUCGUUAUACUGCGUUCAGCAGUCGACAAGUUACCGUUGGUACCAUCCGAUGGUCUCAAAUAUGACAUUUUCUUGAAACGAUCGCCUGUCUGUUGUGGUAAUCGAUUUGGACAGCAUGAGAAUGAUGACGGCAAAAAAACACGUCGGAACUCCUGA